UGCAGACGAGAAGGCGCGCAAGGACCUCGUUGCCAAGGCCGGCGGCAGAGGCCCUCUGAACACUGGCACCCAGGGCAUCAAGAAGAGCGGUAAGAAAUAGAUGACAGACGACGAAGCAAUAUGCUAUUGGGAACCGUUUACACGAGCCUGCUGCGAAGUUUGCGAUAAUAUGGGGAGCUACAAGAGGAUGUCCUGUGGUAGAUGACUCUUCACACGGCAGCGACUGUUGGAUCAAGUGGAAAGGCCACGUCCGCACUGAGGGUUAAGAUCUGUAGUUUCCGCAGGGAAUGUUAUCCGGCGUUUGGAAUAUACUUUUAUAUACUGAUUUGACAU